UGGCUGCAGAGAUGAAGCUGCUGCUCCUGCUGCUGCUGAUGGAGCGAGCUGCAGCCCAGCAGAGAGGUCUGUUCCCGGCUAUCCUGAACCUGGCCAGUAACGCGGUGAUCAGCAGUAACGCCACCUGUGGAGACCCAGAACCAGAGGUCUACUGUAAGCUGGUGGAACACGUUCCCCGAAGACUCAUCAAGAACCCACACUGCUCCAAGUGUGAUGCCAACUCCCUCCUGACCAAAGAACGCCAUCCCAUCACAAAAUCCAUCGACGGGACCAACCAGUGGUGGCAGAGUCCCAGCAUCAAGAACGGACGGCAGUUCCACUGGGUCACCAUCACAGUGGACCUCAAACAGAUCUUCCAGGUCGCCUACAUCAUCAUCAAAGCUGCUAACUCCCCCAGACCAGGUAACUGGGUUCUGGAGCGCUCCACAGACGGGUUGCUGUUUAAACCCUGGCAGUAUUACGCCAUCAGUGACUCCGAGUGCCUGUCUCACUACAACGUGACGCCUCGACUCGGCCCCCCCACCUACAAGAGAGACACCGAGGUUAUCUGCACGUCCUAUUACAGCAGACUGAACCCUCUUGAGCACGGGGAGAUCCACACCUCCCUGAUUAACGGUCGCCCUGGCGCUGAUGACCUGACCUCUGAACUCCUGAACUUCACGUCGGCUCGUUUCAUUCGCCUGAGGCUGCAGCGAAUCAGAACGCUGAAUGCAGACCUGAUGACUCUGAGCGCCCGAGACCCCCGAGAGAUAGACCCCAUCGUCACCAGAAGGUACUAUUACUCCAUCAAAGACAUCUCUGUGGGGGGGAUGUGUAUCUGUUACGGCCAUGCCCAGAGCUGCCCACUUGACCUGGUUACCAAGAAGCUGCAGUGUAUGUGUGAACACAAUACCUGUGGAGAGAGCUGUAAUGAGUGUUGCCCGGGUUACCACCAGCAGCCAUGGCAACCAGGAACUGUCACCGAGGGAAACACCUGUGAACAGUGUAACUGCCACAACAAGGCGGAGGACUGCUUCUAUAACCAGACGGUCUCUGAUUGGUCGUUGAGUCUCAACUCUCGUGGCGUCAGAGAAGGGGGCGGGGUCUGUGUUGGCUGCAGGCAGAACACUGAGGGGGUCAACUGUGAGAACUGCGUCCCCACGUACUACAGGCCAACAGAGGUCUCUCUGUACUCAGACUUCCCCUGUGUUGAGUGUAACUGUGAUCUGAGAGGAUCAAAAUCCUCAGUCUGCUCCAGAGACGACUCGACGCCAGGUGUGCCUGCGGGGAAGUGUGUGUGUAAGACAGGUUUCUCAGGUGUUCUCUGUGACCGCUGCGCGUUCGGAUUCAGAGACUUCCCUCUGUGUUCCCGCUGCGAGUGUAACCUGGCAGGAAGCAUCAACACGGACCCCUGCAGAACAUGCGUCUGCAAGGAGAAUGUGAUGGGGUCUAGCUGUGAUCUGUGCAGACCUGGUUUCUAUAACCUGCAGAACACACACUCUGCCGGCUGCACACACUGCCACUGCUUCGGAGUGUCUGACGUGUGUGAGAGCUCAGCAUGGAGCACAACACAGGUGCGUCACACAGGUGCCUGGUUCCGCCCCCCUGAAUCCCACCGCUCACACGCUGUCGUCCACGGCAACGACCUUCCCAACCCCAACAACUCCUCAGGCCACACACCCCACCAGCUGCUGACGUGGGCAGCGCCUGACAGUUUCCUCGGCAACAAGCUGCUGUCUUACGGAGGGUUCCUGAACCUCUCUCUGUUUUACGACGUCCCAUUGGAUAAUGAGGACCACUCUCUGCCCGCCCACUGUGACAUCAUCCUGGAGGGUAACGGCCGUUCUCUCCGCCUCUCGCCCCCCCUCCGCCUCUUCUUGUCCGAGCUUUCCGAGCGUUCCGUUGGCUUGGCGAUGGCUCCGUGGCAGUUCAUCGGCAUGGAGACGGGUGCCACGGUAACACGGGAUGACCUGCUGACGGUGCUCGCCGACGUGACGUCACUGAGGGUCAGAGUUCACCUGAACGCCUCCGCAAACGGACCCAUACGUCUCAGUUCUGUCUACCUGGACGUCGCCGACUCUUCUUCAGCUGAUGGCGUUCAGGCGGUUGCCGUGGAGAUGUGUGAAUGUCCGUGGGGUUACAGCGGCACUUCCUGUGAGGCUUGUCUCCCAGGUUUCUACAGAGUGGGGGGGGUGCUGUUUGGAGGGAACUGUAUUCAGUGUGAGUGCAACGACCACGCCAACCAGUGUGACAUCCAUGGAGUGUGUGAGGGCUGCACUCACAACACCACAGGUCCUAACUGUGAUCAGUGUUUACCUGGUUUCUAUGGCGACCCAAAAGAAGGGACAGUCAAUGAUUGUCAGCUCUGUCCCUGUCCUCUGACGUCCAACAGUUUCAGCCCCACCUGUGUGCUGGGGGCGUUGGGCCAGGUGUCAUGUGACCAGUGUCAGGAGGGAUACACAGGAAGCAGCUGUGAGAGGUGUGCCAGUGGUUUCCACGGUAACCCCCAGGUAGUGGGAGGGGCCUGUGUGCGCUGUGAGUGUAACGGUAACGUUGACGUACAGGAGGCAGGAAACUGCGACACCCUCACCGGGGAGUGUCUGCGUUGUCGCGGAAACACCGGUGGGAAACACUGCGACGUCUGUCGGCCCGGUUACUAUGGAGACGCCGUGCAUGUCAAGAACUGUCAGGUGUGCAGCUGUGAAGUGGGCGGGGCUCUCUCAGGUGUGUGUGACGCCUCCACAGGACAGUGUGUGUGCAGAGAAAACGUGACAGGGCGCACCUGUGACCACUGCCAGUCUGGGUUCUUCGGGCUGCAGAGUGGGCGAGGCUGUCAGUCCUGCGGCUGCAGCCAGUCAGGAUCUGUCUCAGAGUCAUGUGACGAGGAGGGGCGGUGCCAGUGUGUGGAGGGAGUUGGGGGGGACCAGUGUGACCGCUGUCGCCGUGGUUACUACGGUCUUUAUGCUAACGGUUGCACAGCAUGCACCUGUGAUCACACCGGGGGAAACUGUGACUCCGAGAGCGGAGAGUGCAUCUGCCCCCCCCACACAGAGGGAGACACCUGCGACAGGUGUGAGACAGGUUACUGGAGGAGGGAGGCUGCUACAGGCUGCAAGUCCUGCAGCUGCAGUACCGCAGGAAGCUCUGCCCCUCAUUGUGAUCUGUCCAAUGGGCAGUGUCCAUGCAGCGAGGGCUUCUCUGGCUCAUCAUGUGACCACUGUGCUCCGGGAUAUCAUGGUUACCCAGCAUGCACAGCAUGCGGCUGCGACCCGGCAGGAGCCGACGAGAAGUCCUGCAACGCCACGCUCAGAGUGUGUGACUGCACACACGCCGGGGAGUGUGUGUGCAAGGUUGGAGUGACGGGCCGGCGCUGUGAGGAGUGUGUGUCCGGACGGUUCUCUCUCUCCUCUCUGGACUCGGCCGGCUGCUCGCUGUGUUUCUGUUCAGGAGUCAGUGAGGAGUGUGAGGAGCAGGGGGGGCUCCGCAGGACCACCAUCAACCUGGCCCCCCCCGCUAUGCUCUCAUUGGUGCAUCAGUCCAACCUUCAGUCUGUCCUAUCAGGAGUUUACCAGCAGGGCGGCGACUCGCUGCUUGAUACCCGACAGCUGGUCCACAGCACCGGACCUCUGUACUGGAGACUGCCCCCCCGCUGCCAGGGGCCCCAGCUGAUGCUGUACGGCGGAAUCCUUUCGUAUGUCAUCACCUUCUACGCAGAGGAUGGUUCCGGCUUGUCCAAUCAGGAGCCUCAGCUGCUGAUGAGGGGUGGGGCGAUGAGGAAGCUAGUCAUCUACACCGACAUGGUCGCCCCGGGCAACGGAGUCCGCACGCCCCACGCCAUCCGGAUGACCGAGCACCGCUGGAAGUACUUUAACUCGGUGUCGGAGCGCUCAGUGAGCCGCGCUGACUUCCUGUCCGUACUCAGCGAUGUGGAGUACGUCAUUGUGAAGGCUUCGUAUGGAACACACCUGCAGCAGAGCAGGCUCUCUAACGUCACCAUGGAGAUGGCGGUGGAGGCGGGGCCAGGUGAAGAGGGCGGGGCCAGACUGAUUGAGUCCUGCAGCUGUCCAACUGGAUACUCAGGGCUGUCCUGUCAGGAAUGUUCUGCAGGUUACUUCCGGCAGCCUCUCUCUGAGUUGUCGGCUCAGAGUCGGAGGUCUCUGUUUGUUCGUCCGUGUGUUCGAUGCCGCUGCAACAGCCACAGUGAGACCUGCGCCCUGGAGACCGGAGCCUGCCAGGGCUGUGAGCACCACACCGCGGGGUCGAGCUGUGAACUCUGUGCCGCUGGGUAUCAUGGGAACGUGAGUGGCUCCAUCAGCGACUGUUCGCUGUGCGCCUGCCCCCGCCGGGACAACAGCUUCAGCCCCGCCUGUGUGUCAGAGGGGGGGUUCGGUGACUUCCGCUGCUCUGCCUGUCAGACAGGAUACGAGGGCAGAUACUGCGAAAGGUGUUCUGUGGGUUACUAUGGGAACCCCUCGUUGCCGGGCGGAGUGUGUUUGCUGUGCGGCUGCAGUGACUGGGGGUCUGAGAGCCUGCUGUGUGACGAUGUGGGGGGGCAGUGUGAGUGUAAGGCUGGAUUCAGAGGACGGUCAUGUGACCUGUGUGAAGAGAGGCACGUCCUGCAGGAGGGGGUGUGUGUGUCUUGUGAUGAUGAGUGUACCGGCGUUCUACUGGACGAUCUGCAGGAAAUACACAACCACUUCCUGUCUGUGAACCUGACCGCCCUUGCCAUGGCACCGUACCAUCAGCUGGUUCUGCUGGAGAACCGCACCAGCAACCUGAAGGUGCUGUCUUCGGAGAGGGUCUCCGUGUUUCUAGUUGUGUCCUCAGUGGAGGACAAGCUCCGCCUCCUGGCCUCUGGCCUCACUGCGCUGCUGCGGCAGGUCCCCCGUCUAUCUGACCAACUGAAAGAAGUGGGCCUGUUCACAAACGAGAGCCUUUCCCAGGGUGCACUGCUGCUGGAGAGCAUCAGCCGCCUGCAGAGCAGCAUCCAGGAACUGCAGAGGGAGGCGGGGCUUCUGAAUCUUACCUCUGUGGAGCAGCUGGAUCCUGCCAAUCAAACACAGCUGCUGCAGGAGGUGGCGGCCAUGUUGGAAACCAUCGGAGCUGUCAAUCUAACAGGCGCAAACACUUCGGCCAAUCAGGAUCUCCGUCUGUCGGAGUCUCUCGCCCGCUCGCUGCAGGACGACCUUCUGUCGAAAAGGGCGUUGCUGGACAACAGGCUCCGAGUCCUCGACACCAACCUCACUGUCGCCAUGGAAACACUGAUACACGCGCACACACACCUGAGCAACAGCACACACAGAAACACACACACACACUCUCUGCUGGACGCCACACACACCCGGCUGCUCACACUGCAGGCGGAGCAGCAGCAGCUAGGGGGGGGCGUGCUGGCUGUGGGGGAAGUGAUGGAGGAGAGUCAGCUGAUGCUCGGUGACAUCAUCAGUCUGACGGAGGAGAUAACCAACAACAGCGUGCAGGUGGAGGUUUGGGGGGGGCUGCUGGAGCAGUGGCGCCCCCUGCUGAGGAAACAGGUGGAUGCGCUGGUGGUCGGACUGAAGAAAGCCGACGCUCUGGAGAACGUAUACCGAGCGGAGAGCCACGCCCACCUGCUGCAGAGCCACGCCCACUCCCUGCACAGCUCUCUGUACUCAGUGUGCAACGCUUCGCAGAACGGCUCCCGAUUGGUCCAGCUGGACAGUGACAUCACACUGAGAGUUGACUCCGCCCAUCAGGCCGCCGCUGCCGCCCUAAGCAAGAUGGUCCAAUCAGACCAGCUGCUGUCAGAAGGCUGCGUGUCCUCGCUGAGGGUCAGCACCAAGGUGUUACAGGAAACUGUCCUCCUCAACGAGACGGCUGCAGAGCUGCAGGUUAAUGGUUCCAUGGUAACCAGCAGGCUGGGAUUGGUCAGAGAGAGCGUCCGUAGCUCUGCCCUUCUCCUGCGACAGCCAAUCAGAGAGCUGCAGGGCCUUGCUAACGGCACUGCUGGGGUGCUGCUUCAUGUGUGGCGGCAGGCUGACAGUGCUCGCUCUGGCCUGCAGGAGGCACUGCAGCGACUGCACACACUCACACUGCAGCUGGAGGACUCUUCUUCUGUGGUGGAAACAACCAGCCACACCGUGAGGGAGACCAACACACUGGUGUCACACACACACUCUGCAGCCAAUGAGGCGCAGAGUAAGCUGCACGAGGCGGAGCAUCGUACACUGCGUCUGAUGGAGCGCAUGAAGCCGCUGAGCAUGCUGGGAGAAACGCUGAGCAGGAACCUGUCCGACAUCAGACAGCUGAUUGAGCAGGCCAGAAGACAGGCUGCAUCGAUUAAGGUGGCGGUGCAGGCAGACUCCGACUGUGUUCGAUACUACAGACCGAACACUGAGUCCAGAAACUCCAACACUCUGAGUCUGACCCUGAAGACCCGGAGAACCAAGAACCUGCUGUUCUACCUCGGCAGCAACACCACGGUGGACUUCAUGGCGCUAGAGGUGCAUGAUGGGAAAGUGUCUCUGCUGUGGGACGUCGGCUCCGGCAGCUCGAGGCUAGAGUUUCCUGCUGUGGACAUCAGCAACGACAAGUGGACCCGCAUCAACGUCACACGGUUCGGCGCCCGUGCGUCUCUCUCUGUUCAUCAGCUGGAGUCUGAGCACACUCCAUUGCCCCCGGUAACAGCGACGUCACCUGGACCAUCCCGAGUUUUAGACAUCGACCGGAACACUGUGAUGCACAUUGGAGGGUUGGGGUUACACACACAGGGUCCUGCAGUGCUGCAAUCCUCCACGUUUCAGGGGUGUUUAGGUGAGGCUUCGCUCAACGAGCGAAACAUAGGACUGUGGAACUACGAGCGCCGAGACGGGGACUGUGGAGGCUGUUUCAGCAGUCCCCAGGCGGAGGAGACUUCUUUCCACUUUGAUGGAUCUGGAUUCUCAUUGGUCCAGAAGUCUCUGAGAGCCACGUCCACCUCCAUCGUGCUGCUGUUCAAAACGCUGUCGCCGGGCGGAUUACUGCUGUACCUGGCCUCCAACAACACGAGGGACUUCCUGUCCAUGGAGCUGGUAGGGGGUCAUGUCCGGCUGACCUUUGACCUUGGCUCAGGAGCUCUGAUCCUGACCUCCAACAGGAAGUACAACUCAGGGGUUUGGUACAAGAUCACCCUGCAGAGGAACAAACGCAAAGGUUACCUGUCCAUCAUGGCAGCCGACCAACCCUCAGAAAAAGAAGUGUUGGAGGCGGAGUCUCCGGGAACUGCCUCCGACUUGAACCGAUCCGACCUCGACCCAAUCUACAUCGGAGGACUUCCUGCCUCUCGGCCUAUCAGGCGACAGGUGGUCUCCAGGUCAUAUGUGGGCUGCAUAAAGAACGUGGAAAUCGCUCGAUCUAAUUUCGACCUGCUGAGAGACGCCUACGGAGUCAGGAAGGGCUGCGUGCUCGAAGCGGUGCGCAGUGUUUCUCUGCUCUCCAGCGGCUUCGUUCAGAUCGCCCCCCCCUCCCUUGGUCAGGAGGUGGAACUUCUCUUCUCCUUCUCCUCCAACAACCAAUCAGGAAUCCUGCUGGCUGCCUUCAGCGACAACAAGAGUCAGAGACAGCACUUCCUGUCGGUCCAUCUGCUCUCGGGUGCGUUGGAGGCGGAGCUAGGUGAAGUGGGAGGAGCUAUGCAGAGGGUGAUGGUGGUGAAACCUGAUGGAGGAUCCUUCAGCGACGGAAUAAAACACUCUGUAAUCCUCACCAUCAACAGGAAGUCUCUGUUGGUGCAGGUUGACGAGGAACACCUGAAGUCCGUCUCUCUGUUGCCGGGCGGGUUUCCUCGAUGGUCUCCGGCCUCUUUCUUCAUCGGUGGACUGCCGUCAGGGGAGGAGUCUCGUCUACCAAUCAGAGUGCAAGAUCUGUCCAGGAGGUUCAGAGGCUGCAUCCAACACCUGGUGGUGGGCGGAGUGCUCGUGGACCUAUCAGGAGCAUUGAAGUAUGAGGGGGCUGAGCUUGACAGCUGCUUACUGGAAAAGGUGGAGGGGGCGGUGCUUCCUGAUGACCAGGAAGUAGAACCGACUCCUGACCCCGCCCAUUUACAUGGAACCCUUCCCACACACUUCAGCGCCUUGACAUCUGGAGCACUAAUGUGUGUAUCGGAGGCGGAGCCAGCUGUGCUGUCGUCAGCUGUUCAGUUCGGUUCAUCCAAGCACAGUCACAUGACCUUCAUCAUCAACCCCAACACCAUCAGGAAGAGUGUGUCCCUCAGGUUGUCGGUCAGAAGCCGGGCUCUGGAUGGUCAGCUGGUCCUGCUCUCGGACUUGAAGCAGAUGGACUUCAUUGUCCUCAGGAUGACCGGCGGCCGCCUGGUGCUGUCAGCUGACCUUGGGAGAGGCCCCGCCUCCUCCAUCUCGUCCAGCACUGUUAAUGAUGGGGAGUGGCACACGGUGAUCGGGGAGGUGAGCCGGCGCUCGGUGUCUCUGUCAGUCGAUGGCCGGAGUCCAGACUCUGUGUUUAUAAAAGGAAACCAGCUGGACGUGGAGGACAGACUUUACCUGGGAGGAAUUCCACACACCCACUCCACCAGGAGGAUCAACGCCAGCAGCAGUUUUUCAGGAUGCGUUCGCUCCGUCAGUCUGAACAGUGCCAUGUUGGAUCUGUCCUCUCCGGCCUCACAGCGUGAUGUCACUUCCUGUUUCACCAAUGACCAGCCAGGAAGUUACUUUAACGGCAGCGGAUAUGCCGCCCUCAUGCGCGAUGGUUAUAAGGUGGGCUCUGAUGUGUCUGUGGCUCUUGAGUUUCGAACGAGCCAAUCAGAAGCUGUGUUGCUUGGGAUCAGCAGCGCCAAGGUGGACGCCAUCGGCAUGGAGCUGAUCCAGGGACAGGUUGUGUUUAACGUGAACAACGGGGCGGGGCAAGUGUCGGUGCGUUCGUUUGGUCCUCUGCUGUGUGACGGUCGUUGGCACCACCUUGUGGCGCGCAAGACCAAACACAGCUUGAGUCUGAGCGUUGAUGGGAGGAGCUACUCCACCCCGAACCCCUACCCACAAUCCACCUCUGCUGAGACCAACAACCCUGUGUACUUGGGCGGAUUCCCAGUGGGUGUGAAGCAGAACUGCCUGUCUGUCAGCUCCAGGUUCUCCGGCUGUCUGAGGAAGCUGCAUCUCAUUAAGUCUCACCUGAGUGACGCUCUGGAGUUAAGCUCCGCCCACUUUGUGUUGGGCGUGACUCUUAACUCCUGUCCUGUUGCUAACCAUCAUGCAGCUCAGGUCUGAUUGGCCAACAGACACGACAGUUUGGUGUAAUGAAAGUCGGUCUCUCCUAAGUCGCGCCCCUUUCCACAAUCACAGUUGACACCUUUCUACAGACGACGUCUGGUGGAAGCUAAUGGCACAUUUUAGAGUGCUAGCUAGCAGACAGCUAACGCUACAUGAAGAAGAGUUAGCCCGAAGUUAACUUCUAUUAUUGUGUGAAUGAACAAGAUUUAAAAAAUAAGUGAAAGAUAAGAUUAAUAAUAGUUAACCAGUAAACAUCAAAGCUAAUUGAAUCUCUUUUUAUGUAAUAAACAAUGUUAAGAUCUCAUUGUUGUUAAAGUUUCUUCUGUUCCAUGAUCCCACCCUCCCUCCAUCUGUUACUCACUGUUUCUUCAGGAAUCAUUCAAAUAAGUUCAGACAGGAAGUCCAGUUUCAUCGUUUUAUUUCAGUUCAGCGGGUAAAGAAUCAUUCUGUUGAAUUCAGGAUGAAAGUAAAAUACCUUGGGGAUUUUGGUCUGUGAAGCCGAGUGUAAUCUGUACGAUGUCAGUCUGAUAUUAGCCCGAUGUGAGC